UAUAUCAAUCCUGAUGCAGACUUAGCUACCAACUUCAGAGUUGCCACUCCGUUUGAACUAGCUGGGUAAUCUUUUCCACAAGCCCUUUGUUUGGUCUAAGUGACACCAUGUCGGCUCCAACAGCUUCAACUAGCCCCAUACCUUCUGGGGGAAAAGUGUGCACAACAUUCCCAGAGAUCCUGAUGUUGGGUGAAUUUGUUUUUGGUGGCCUGGUUUGGAUCCUUGUGGCUUCUGCUCGAGUUGCAUUUGCAGCUGAUCAAGGCUGGGUGAUGUUUGUUUCAGUUUUCUGCUUUGUGAUAACUACGUUACUGCUCAUCCUGUACAUGGCUGGAGUUCAGAACAGUUCAUCCGCAUGGGGUGCAGUGGAUGUCUUCUAUCACUUCAUUGCUGCAGUAUUUUAUUUAAGUAUUGCUGUUCUGGAGGCUCAUGACACAAGAUUUCAUCUCCUACAAACUCAAAAAAAUUUCAGAAUCAACAUUGCUGCCUCAGUCUUUGCAUUUGUGGCCACCCUACUUUAUACAAUACAUGCGGUAUUGUCAAUACUGAGAUGGAAGAACUCCUCAUGAACAUCAGCACAAGUAUCAAAUGUCAUGGAAUCAGAAGAUUUCCUCCUUCCCAAACUUGCUGAUUUUUGUUCUUAAUAUUGUUUUACAUCAAUUCUCCCUGCAACUAUAAUUACCACAUUUAUAUGUUAACCACAGUGGAGCAAACGAUGCCUGAAAUGUAUUUAAUAUUUAAAGGUUGGAAUACUGAAAGCUCCAAAGGAAAGUGGAAAUCUGGAACUCUUCCAUCAAGGAAGCCCAGCUUUAGUCUCAAACUGAAUUUUAGAUUUUUGUUUUUUGGGUAAGGGUGUUUAAAGGCUCCAGAAUGAAGUCUGGUUAAUGGAUUAAGCUAUACAUGCAGAUCUUCCAUGACCUAAUUGAUGGACAAGCUGAACCUCUGGUCAGCUUCUAUAUUGUUUAUGCCACCCUUUACUGAACCAAUUGAAAGACUGACCCUGCCAGCAGUUUAUUUUUUUUUAGUGGGUUACAAACCAUUAAUUGUGUAGAGAUUUUCUCUUGGGUUACAAAUUCUUAGUGGUUAAUCCUCUCACCCCAGGCACAUGUCAGGUUGGGGGAAGGAAGCUACCUUUAUCCAAACAAAGGGUGCAUUUUCUGCAAUGUAGGGUAACCUGGAGGGAAAAAUAGGGGAAUGAAUCACAAUCCCAGAAAGGAGCAUCUUUGAUUUUCUGCUCUACUUUAUUAUAGAUUCUACCAUCUAUUUAAUGUUUAAGACAUUCUCUCCAUCCAAAUUCUGCUAUUGUUAUACUUGAGCAGAUUUGUGUUUCAAUGCUCAUUUUGAGGCAUUUAUACUAAUCCUAAUGUUCUGAUUUUUCAAUCUGUGAAUCUAAUUUGUUUGAUGCUCAAUUUAACAUUUUGCAAUUUUGUACUUUGGUAUUUUGGCUCCAAGAUUAUUUCACUUUAUCAAUACUUUUUUAAAAAAAGCCUUGCUGUUGACUAAAGCAACUAUUUGUGGUUUUA